GUAUCGGUCCAGCACGAGAAAAAAAUAUCUUGAGCGUGUUGCUUUUGCUUGGCUGCCCUGGUUUUAAGACUUUUUGCCACCGCGGCACGACGCAAACAAAUUUACUUUCAUCUCGUGGUCCUGUCUAAAAAUAAGAAGUGAAAGAUCGAACGAGGGGGUUUUCAUCAGGAGACGUAAAAGAUGGCGGACCAGUACGUGGCUGACAAAGCCAAAGCGGUCGGCCCCGGUGCCGUGGGUGGCCUGCUGUCGGAUCUGAAAAUGAUGGCAGCUUUCGAGAGCGCAGCGCAGUGGGACGAGGCAAAGUUGAUGGACAAGGCUUUCUCCGCUUUAUCUUGGGAGGACCCGCUUGUUGCGUCGGCAUUGCCAAAGUAAGUACUAAAGAGCAGAUUCACUUUUUGUAUCAAGAUCAUGCUUCCCCUCCCGCGCUGCAGUAGCAGCACUCCUAGCUAAGAAGUACAUUCGUAGUUGUGUAGUCUGUUGUGCCAAGAAACAAAACGCAACAAAUGCAACGUGGCUACUAGGCUACAUUUAAUCCUAACAUGAUUUAUUCUAUUCGUGCACGUGUAACAGGUACCUUGCGUCCUCGGGGGCGACCCGAUCACGGGUCGACUACGCCUUCAACGCCCUGGUGCCAAAGCCACCCAGCGUGACGGACGGAAAGCAAGCUAUGAUGCACACCUGGCUCAAGGCACGGCUCUUCGCAAUCGACUCGCAGCAGCCCUUCGAGCUCAGUCCCUACGGCAGCAGUUGAGUAGUCACUUGGACGGUGGUGCUGCUAGUGAUGUUUGCAGGUCGUGAUUUUAGCGUUUUGUGAUGCGAGGGCCAGCAAUGGUUUUGCAGCCUGGACUCGUGUUAACCGUGAUCGAACUGGAAAUAGCUUCCUUGAAAGGCCUGUGCACUGAUGAACUAUAUUACAAGUUCCGUUUGAAUACUUCCGAGCGCCGAAGCGUAACGGUGGCCUUGUGAAUCAGGGGCUCGGGAACGCUGGUCCGGUCGGAGGUUCGAUGGAAAGUCUGUUUGUGCCAUGCAUCGCAUG